AUGUCUGAGAAGAACAUUGUGGUGAUAGGCGCGGGAGUUGCUGGUCUGACUACCGCGCUUCUUUUAUCGCGAAUUCCCGGAUACAAAAUUAUGGUUCUUGCCAAGCAUAUGCCUGGGGACUAUGAUAUUGAAUACGCAUCCCCUUGGGCUGGCGCAAAUUAUAUGCCUGUCUCCAUUCGAAACACUCCUGCGGCCGAAUGGGACAGACAAACAUGGGUGGCCUUCGACUAUCUUGUGAGGAACCACCCCGAUGCCGGUGUACAUUUUCAAGAAUGUCAGAUUCACAGCCGUGCGAAAGACCAGGGCUCUGCGACUGCGAACUGGUUCGCUGAGCUUCUUUCACCCACUCCUUGGUUCAAGGAUGUUGUCCCUGAUUUCCGUACACUACCCAAAGAAGACCUCCGACCCGGUUUCGAUUCCGCGACAAGUUUCACAUCGGUGUGCAUCAACACGGCAAUCUACCUUCCUUGGUUAGUAUCGCAGUGCUUGAAGAACGGAGUGCAGUUCAAGCGGGCUGUACUAGAUCAUAUUUUAGAUGCUACUCGCCAGCCAACAAUACCGGGAAAGAUUGACCUGGUUGUGAACUGCACCGGCCUGAUGGCUUCGCAGCUGGGAGGAGUCGAGGAUAAAACAGUUGUUCCGGCACGGGGACAAAUUGUAGUUGUUCGGAACGACGCCGGCAAGAUGAUCGAUGUUUCGGGCACCGAUGAUGGAGAAACAGAAGCAUGCUACGUGAUGACGCGUGCUGCAGGUGGCGGAACCAUCCUCGGGGGGUCAUAUCAGCUGGGAAGCUGGGAUCCCCAGGUUGAUCCAAACUUAGCCGUUAGGAUCAUGAAGAGGGCGGUGGGAAUGUGUCCGCAGCUUACUGGUGGGGAAGGGAUUGAAAAGCUCGAUGUUAUUCGCCAUGCUGUCGGACUGCGACCUGUGCGAGCUGGGGGUACGCGGAUUGAAAAGGAGCGGAUUGGCGAUACGUGGGUGGUUCAUAACUAUGGUGCUGGCGGUGCAGGAUAUCAAUCCUCGUAUGGAUGUGCCCAAGAUGCCGUUAAGUUGGUUAUCGAUGCACUGGAAACACGCGCUAGAUUGUAA